AAGCUUAUGCCAAGACUACGGAGCUAGAAUCUAUUUUUAGUGAUUAUUGACUCUUGGAUACUGGAAUUUCUCAGUUCAGUGACAUUUUGGUUUGAGGCCAACAAUGUCAUGAUAGUCUCUCAAUAGGAGCAUUGUGGAAAGCAAUAGAGAAAAAAGAAUGAAGUAAGGACCAGUGAGAAUGACAGACCAUAUUUACAAAACAAACUUUAAUGAUAGAGCUAGAAAAUGUCUGCAAUUAAAAGUUCUGUCGCAGAAGUGUCUCCGCCAUGUCUGUUCAACAUGACAUUCUCAGAAGUUCAAUCCAAUAGAUACCGCGAACUUAGUCAUAAACUUAAGGAAGACUUGAAGCAAGAAGCACAGGCAGAGGAAACGGGCUGGUUACUUGAUCUUCUGACUUGGGUUCAUUUUAAACUUAUGAAUUAUGAUGAGGCAUUACAGUUUAACAAUGAAUCUUUAACAAAGAAUUUGUCUUUGGUAUGCAUUGGCAAUAGGAUACAUGUUUUGAAAAAACUAGGCCGAGAGAUUGAAACGGAUCAAUAUAUGCAACUUUUGGCGACUCCUUCAGAGAAUGAUACAGCUCUGGCAAAAGCACAGCAGGCCUACAGCUGUUUAAGGCUUGGCGGUGCAAAAAAUUUGCAAAAGGCUAUAGACUAUUUUGAAGAUAUUAUCGAAAAACUUCACGGUUCUUAUCGGUUUUUAUCUCUGUUUUAUUUGGGACUCAGCUAUCGUCGACUGGUUCAUCCCAACACACUAUCAUGCACGCAAUGUUGCGUCAGUAUAGAGGACUAUGUGAAGUCGGCGCAACACUGUUUUUAUGAAGUCAUCGAAGAAUCAGGACAUCCAGUACUGGUUGCAAGAGCUUACAGUGAGUUGGUGGUUCUAUACCACGAUGCCAGUUCUAUACUCGGGAAAAGUGACUACUUGUGGAAUGAUCAAAGCAUUGAAACUCUGAUCGACAAGGCACUGACUACAGGUGGACAAGAUGCAAAAGUUUUGACUGCCUGUGGCCGUAUACUGUGUUUAGGUAAUGAAGACAAUGUAAGAACAGGCAUUGACUUACUCACAAAAGCGUUAAAAUUAAAAGAAAGCACUACUGCCUAUCAUAAUCUAGCAGUAGGUUAUAUUCAACUAGCGAAACAUGAACGUCACACCUAUGUUUGCCAAGAAGCUGCGAAAGUCAAAGACAAAGUCGAUGCUGAGGAUGCAAUGAUUAAUAAGGCAAUAGAAAAUCUAAAAACUGCCAUUAAAAUUUCGGAUAAUUACAAUUUGCCUGCAACGUUUGACCUUGGAAAACUGUACAAAUCUCUUGGAAAUGUCAAAGAAGCUUUGGCUGAAUUUAACAAAGUGGUCGAGUCGGAUACCAGGAAAGAUGGUUGCUUGUUCUUAAUUAUUGAUUCACUAGAGCAGGCUGGGCUGUGUCUGAUGGAGCUCCAUGAUAUGGAACUUGAUCCUCAAAAGAGAAAUGAUUACAUGAGUCGAGCUGAGAGUAAGCUAAUCGAAGCCGUCGGCUUGCAGACUCAGCUGGUGUCCUCCGUGUCGGCAUUAAAACGACUGUCUCAGUCAGAAUGGAAAGCUCUGAAAACGCUGAAGUCAAAGUACGAGGGUGAAGACAAAUCUCCCAUCAUGGUCAAGAAGCUGGUUCACUUGCUCGGCGUGGCGCUAGAGCACCAAGAAGUUCUGAAAGUUAUCAAAGAUUUGAGUAACGACGAAAUACUGCAUUCUGGGAUAGCUACGCAAGCAUUGGAGAGUUACCUAGCAGAGGGAGAGGUGACCAACGCCUAUGGUUUUUUGAACAUGCUCAACACACUUCCGGUACCUGCCGUCAUAGACGCUGAAUUAACGUUAAAGGUACAGCUUUAUAUGGCGGCCAAUUGCUUGGGUAAUGAAGGGUUCAACCCUCGUUACAUUUUCAAAGCAAUAUUCGACCACUAUAUCGAUGUAAACAAACCUGCAGAUGUACUAAUUCUCUAUGACGACAGUCAUGAUACGGAAGAGGAAACUUCUCACGUGACUUGUGUAGCCAAGCAACUGUACGGUAUUUGCAGUAAUAUUUUCAGUCUAGAGACCAGUAUAAAUAUCAAGACAAGUUGUCUGUCUGGUCCUGAAGUAAAUCUUCAGUUAGAAGAAAUGAAAAAGUGUAAGCUGCUUUUACUUCUGCUUGGCAAUGAGCCACGCGAUUGCCAUUUCAAAGCAAUUUUGGAAUUUAUUCCUGGCAUGAUCGGCAAUGAAAACUUGGCAAUGAAGUCUGUACGUGUCGUAACUGUCAACAGAUGUGUGAGUCCUCCAACAUGUGUGCCGCUCAGUCAAUGUUUAUGUGUUGAAGAGUUUCUGCCAUAUAAAGAACAUGUUCACAGCGCUCAAACGGAUCGUUGCACUUCCAGUGACCAAAUACAAGACAUCACUUAUUCGGUGGAGAACAAAACACUGGACAAUACAACAGAGACAGCCUUGUUUGUAAAAUCAGACCAAAACUACCAAAGUGUGCAGCUCGGUCAACUAUGCAAGGAAGGGAUUCAGAAGCGUAUCAACCUCUUCUGUUUUCUUAUAGGGCAUUCUCCUAUCAAUUGUCAUUAGAAUAUCAGUUUAUAACAAGUUCAACCAUUAGAUCAGCGCACAUAGAUACACAUUGAAAACAUGAUACGAUUUCAUCAAAUGACAUAGACACGAUGUAUACCGCUAUGUAAAUGGUGUACUCAAUGAUAGGCCUUUUGUGAACAUUUGUAAACAAUCAGUAUUUCUUGUUGUUUUUGUAUUGUGACUUUAUUUAUUUCUGCAUAGAUCUAGUUGUUGUGGUACAUGUAUGGUAAAUAAUACUAAACAUUUACAACCAUAA